CGUGAACUAGCCUACUGGUAGACCUGAGGAGAGAUGGGGAAGGAACCGCUGUGCAGAUCUUCAACCAUAAAUUAAAGCAAUAAAUAAUUACACCUUCUUUUUUAAAUGCUAACUUCGUGACCUACAGUGUUUGCUGCGGAUGUCGGGAAUGUCAUGGUAUUGCACGAGGCAACAUCUGGACGCUAAUUUUGGCUAGCCAGCUGUUUUGGUUUUUGGGCGUUAAAAGAAAAAAGAAAGAAAGAAACAUCCUGGGUUUUAUUGUGUGUCGCAAAGCGAAAAAUGCCACGGAACAGCAGCAAGCCUUCACUCAUCCAGAAAAUCGCAACCCAAGCGCAGGUUACGUUUAAAAACUGCGACGACGGCAAAGAUUUGCUGGCCAACUUGGCGGAACUGAGCGCGCUGCUGAGCGACAUCAGGGCCGCAGACCUCAACAUCGCGCCGCCGAAGAGGAAGGGCUCAGGCUCGGGGACGCGGGCGCGCCGCAGAGCUCCAGUCACCUACAUGCACAUCUGCGAGACGCGGGCGUUCAGCAUGGGCGUGUUCGCGCUGCGGAGCGGCGUCUCCAUCCCUCUGCAUGACCACCCGGGAAUGAACGGCAUGCUCAAGGUGCUCUACGGCAAGGUCCGAAUCCGCUGCUUCGACAAGCUAGACGGGGCCCCUGACCCAGAUCCUGACCCUGGUACCGUGUCCGGGGCUGGCAGUGAGACUGUGCAGAAGGACGCGGUGUGCCUGGCCGCGCUGCGCUCCAGCGGUGAGUUCACGCAGCAGAGCGCGCCGUGCGUGCUGAGCCCCCUCAGGGACAACCUGCACCAGAUCGACGCGCUCGACGGACCCGCCGCCUUCCUGGACAUCCUGGCACCACCGUACGACCCGGAUGACGGCAGGGACUGUCACUACUACCGAGUGUUACGCACGGCCAGCAAGAACGGAGACGAUAAACAGGGCGAAGAGACCGCCUGGCUUUUAGAGAUCCCCCAACCGGAGGAGUUCUGGUGCGGGGGCGAGCCUUACCCUGGCCCUAAAGUUACCGUGUAGGAACGCCUUACUGAACUGUUGGGCGUAUGUACUGUCUGGCAUGAGAGAUGAAGGCUAAUUUGUCAAAGUUACAGAAGGUUUAUAGUAAAUGAAGAACUGUGAUUGGGAUAGAAAUAGUGCAAACAAUCAGACAACCCAGUGACAUUGGAUCCUUGAUGCACAAAAUAUGCUUUCAGAAAAAAAGAGUACUAAACUGUACCUUUCCUUCUCACUGGCAUGAUACACUCACCUUCAUUAUACCAUUAGUAUGUAUUCCUCUAGUAUGAAACUUACCUAGACAGGUGCAUGUAGUGUAUCUUUAAAACCUCGCUCUAAAAACUAAUUGUGGUCCAUUUAAAUCAUUUUUAAAGGUGUAAAAGUGAAAGGUACAAAAUAUACCCCCUGGAGCUUAACACCUGAGCGACAGGGAACGGUACAGCUUAGUACGACUUUCUUCUACAGAGUGUACCAUUGUUGCGUAGAGUUGGGCGAAGUGGCAAAUAUGUAUUUGAUAUCUCCUAUCCUGGUAUUUAAUGUUGCUGUGACUUUUUCACAAGUUCAAAACAAACAACACAGUGAACAGUAUUAACAGCAUUGAACAAUUUAAAUAAGGGACAAUUUAAUAAUUGUUCAUGUGACAUAACAUCUUAUUAAUUCAGUUAUAACUGUGACAGUGAAACACUACCGGUUGUUGUUUACAGAAUCGAUAAUCUGUUUAAAUCCUUUUUUUUUUUUUUUUAAAUGAAAUGUGCACUUUGUCAGUGUUUUAAACUUUAGACAAAAAGCCAGUAUUUUCUGGGAAAAAAAAUCCUUUAUCCUGAUACAGUAAUUAAUUAAGCACAUAUCCUUCACCCCUCAUAUUGUCAUUGAAUCGCUACAUAUUACAAUUGCAAUGCACUUUUUAACAUUUAUGACAUGGUUAAAGCAUUCAUUAGUAAUUCAUAGAAAUUCAAAUGAGUGAAGGGCGAUAUGGUUGCAUGUCAUUUAACUUCACAUUAAAUUUUUUUAAAGAUAUAAACACUAACUAAACCCUAACCUCAACCUUUGCAUCUUAUCAUACUACUUGAAUGAGAUCCUGUUGACUAAAAACUGGCAGAAAGGCAUUUUGACCAAAGUUAUUUAUGUUUGUGGGACAGACACUUAUCCGGUGUUUCCGUGUUCAGUCAGAGCGCACACCAACACAUUUAACCUUCUGUAAUAGUAUUAAAAAAGGUCAGUAUACUGUCAAUAAGGUACCAAAUUGUAGUUUUCAUUGUCGCUGGUGUUGUCCCAUAAAGGGUACAUCUUUGUACCUUUACUGUGUGUCUUUCACCUGGGAACUUCCAUGUGGUGUGCCUUUAAUUAGCUUUUACAUUAAAAGUGGUCAUUAACAUCCAGUUAUGUAUCUUAAAAUAUUUUAAAGGUAUAAAGAUGAAAAAAAAAAAACUUUAUUUCUGAGAAGGUUCUAGUACAGAGGUGUAUUUCUAAGCAUCUGCCCAGUGUUUCUCAGUCCUGUGUCCCUACAAUGCUCAAUUUAUUUUAUUUUUCAUGCUCUGACAUCUGUAUGAACGUGUUAGUAAGACGAAUAUUUGAGUCAGGUGUAUCAGAGCAGGAAAAAAUCCUAAACUGUGACAUGUACCAAGAUUUACUGUGUUUCUAAGAACAAUUUGCUCCCAUCUAUACAGUACAUUCCUGAUAAUAUUCAAAUAAUCUCAGUGACCCGUGAGUUAGUAACAUUUUCUAUAUAAUAUUGACAUUUUACCUUUAAAACAUCUGUGGCCUUUCUGAUAAAAUAUUGAAUGUAGUCUUGCCUUAAAAGCGUAUGCUCUUCUAAGUUCACACUACAUAUGUAGCUUCUGUUAAUUACUUGUACUAUAUUUAUUUAAGUUUGUACAAUCUGUUAUGUGUAUUCUUGAUUAUGGAUUAUAUUCUGAUUUUAAAACACAAUUAAAAUGUUUAUAAGACA